AUGAACACUCUCAAGGCUGUCUGUAGGCAGCUAGGGAGCGAAAAAGUCAAAGACAGACAAGAAGGCCUAUCCUCCGUUCGCACUGUUUUUUCUCGUGACUCUGUAAUCGAUAACCUCGACGAGCAUGGCACCGGGAAGCCUUGGCUCGCUAUCUUCCAAGCCUUAUUUGAGACAGCCAUCAAGGAAAAAGCGAUAUGCACCAAGCCAACGACCAAGUCAGGCUCGACAAAUACAGCAGAGAGGCGACUUAGCGAGGUAGCCUCUGUCAUCAGAUGGUUAACGGAGAGAAGUGUACAUGUACUACACAGGAAGACCAUCAAGGUACUCCUCAUUCAUCUUCUACAGAUGUGUGUCUACCAGGGACAGUUGUAUACCCCAGUCGCUCUGGACUAUGCCAAAACCAUACGGUGUGUGGUCAGUUAUACGCCACACUUGGAGCAUCUGGACAACGAAACUUGGGUGAGAAUUGUGGAGAUGGGCUUCAAUGUGGUCCUAGGUGACUCAUUGAGAGUGAGGAUUGGUGGUGAAGAAGGCGAUGAAGAAGGGAGCAUUGACAUGGGUACGGAAGGGGGCGACUCAGAUCUCUCGCACGAUGACGAAAACGACACUUUUGCUACAACCUCUACCCAGACGAAGAAGCGGCGGAGGCGAGAGGCCAGCGGAACUCCAGGACCGUCUUUUCCUCGACCAUCUCCUUCCUCUACAAAGGUCUUACGCUCGGUCUCCCUGGAACAAAUCGAAUUUGCAUCCCUCCUCGCAAUCCUUCUCCGGUCACCUUCUGUGCCGCUCCUGUCUUCUAAAUAUCCUUGUCUGGCAAAUGAUGUCUUGACCCGCCUUCUUCGAUUUAUUCGGAAUUAUUCUGAAGAUACAUCCCUCCACCAAGACUUCCUCGCUGCGCUAUCUGCUACACUUUCUCACCUUGCCCUGAAUAAGCGGAGCGCCGUUUCUCAAUUUGCUCUCGGUGCCUGGGAUGGUCUGAUCGGGAUAUGGGGCACCAAGAACAAGAGCAUGAAGGAGGGCUUGAUCGUUGUACUAAGGAUAUUGUUUCCCUAUUACACCGCAGACGAUCCGAAGAUGAAGGAGGUUUCCCUCGAUGGCCCACAUAUAGAUGGUAUAACCAAGCUUUGGAAUCUACUCGGCGGCACGGUUGAUAAUCGUUGGGGGUUUCAAGGGCUAUCACUUGACUCUUUGAGGCUACAGCUCACCUUACCUGACGAUUUGGAAGGAUGUGGUCCUGCAGCUUUUGUUGCUCGAACGUUUCGAUACGGCUGGAAUUUUGAUCCUGCCCAAGCAUUAGCAUGGGCAAUCCUUGAAUUACAAGCUGACUGCGCGGCAAAGCUGUUCCUUCUGUCCGAAUCCAUCCAUUCUGCGUCGCAAUACAGCAAAAGGGAUGGAAAAAGAAUCAAGCUUGACAAUCCUAUCUCAUCGGUGCUGGAUUCUGUCCGAACUCAGACACCUUCUGCCGUUCGCGCGUACAACCUCCAGAGAUUACUAUUUAUCAUUGAUCGACACUGGUCCAUAUUUCACAACAGCCUCCGUCAGGACAUAAUGUCGACAUUACUCCAAUUCUUAACUUUUGAUGAUGCUGUGGUCCAAUCUUGGACUUUCUUGUGUCUUUCUGCCAUCGCAGACAGGCAGAUGUCCCUCGGGCAGCCAGCGGCACAGGAAUUCAAUGGACCAUCGACUUGGGACCCUAUUUGGACGCAUGCGAUGCGAAGAGCGGUUGUCCCCGUUGUCUGUCGUGCAGCGUGUCAUGUCGCGUACACGCUUCUCUAUCAUUCCAAGCGUCUCCUCAACUCGCAGCGCGUCCUGGUGGAGAUUGAGACUUUCGCCAAAGACCUUGACGUCCAGGGUCCUCCUUUCCCAUACGAUUCCGUGUGCGUCUUCAUGGCGUUGUGUCUACAAGUCGCUGUUCAGGACAUGCGGCUCUAUCGCAUGCAUCUGGAGGGAAAGGUUCUCAGUUGGUUGGUCGACAGCUGGAGCCUUGGUGUCACGCGCAUAGCUCGAGGGAGCUCACUGGAUGGUAGCAGGACCAAGUCAACUCACCCCUCUGUUGCCGACAUGAUGACCUUACUAGAGAGUAUCUGCGGAUUGUCGAAGAGGAGCAGUUUGAUUUGUCGGGCAAUGCUACCGGAAUGUGCCAUCGUACAAGAGAUGCAGGACGAGUAUCGAACAGCCAUUAUCCGCGGGUUCCUGCUCUACGCUCAACUGCCCCCUUUUCAUCGACAUCAUAAACUGGAGUCUAAUCUGUCAAUCACCCCUACUCUACCGCCAGCAAACGCCAACAAGCUUACAGAUCUUGCGCAGCCAGGCAGUCGUGAGAGGAGAGUUUCCGCCGCUCUCCUGAAAUUCUUAGAGUCCCUCGUUUUAGAUUGGGAGAGUCUACCAGAAACGGCCGUUCAUUUGAGCGCUGAAAAGGCUCGACGCUUUUUAGACUGCGCAAUUCUUGCUCUGUCUUUCGAGUCUCUUCUGGUUUUUAAUGGCAUCUGGUCGAACAGGCGUGUAUUGCAGACCGCUUGCAAGCUGAUCGCCCACGUUGUGCCCCUCUUAAAGAUGCAGCGAUGGACUUUGGAAGAAAAGGCUGUCGUUCUCUUGGGCUUUGAACCCCUGAUUGCGUCUGAGGAGGAACAGGAUCAUGCGGGUUGGGAGGGACUGCUAUCGCCAGUACAAGGCACUGGGAUACGAAACAGUGUGCUGCAGGAAUUGACAUCGAACGUGAAACAAAAGCGGAGACAAAUGGCAAUGUCACGACGCGAGUUGCAACGAAUAAUCUGGCGCAGCUCGGAUGUUCAAGAUGUUUCCGCGAAGGUUAUGGUUGUUAUGAAGGAUGUGCUUCGGAUUACACUGUCCAAAUUGACGGGUGGUAACAGCUCAUCGCAUCCGAUGGACAUUAAUGACGAAGACGACUUUGCACCAAUUCGAACAGCACUACCCGCCGCUACCAGUUUUCCGGAAACUCACAGACAAACACAUGGAGCGUCGUCUGCCCAGUAUAUCAUCACAGUUUGCAUGUCCUUUCUAGCCCUCGGCCCAAUCCUUCAGUCGCCAUCAGGAGAGCCAACUAGAGAUAAAGAACUGACUAUGCUCAUCUUAAACAGUAAUGCAGACGAGUUCUUAUUAGCAAGUCCAUCAUAUUUCAGCAAUGUGCGGCAAAGGACUAUGAACCUCAACAUCACAGCCCUCGACAACUUCUUGGACAAGUUCGAAUCAUUGCUUCUUCAAUAUACCUAUUCACGAAGCGAGACGCUACAGCUUCUAGUUAUUCAAUUCCUAGAUUCCACUGUGUCUCUGUGGACUGAGGAGUCUGUAGUCAGUGAACAAGCAGGCGAACACGCUCGCUCGCUAUGUCGCUGGCUUUUGGAGACUCUCAGAACAAACAAAAUUCGAUCUUGGAGGAUUCGAGACUCCCUAGUUGCUUUUCUAGACAGAUAUCUCGCCGAAGAUCCAUUGGAAUUAGUUUGGUCUGUACCAUAUCCUGGCGAAAAUGGCGAGGAAAUCAAGUCUGGUGUCGUUCCGACCACUGUGCUUCCUACUAUGAGUAUCGAUGAAGAUAUUCGUGUCCGCUUUCGGGUUGCGUGUGUCAACGCUCGUCUGUUCACCCUUUCGCGCUUCAGGAACGGUGAUUCGAUGGAGCUCUACGGUAAGAUACACAGCCAUUUGUCAACGCAACUCACCGAGUAUGAGCAUAUGCUAACUCGAUUCAUCACCUUAGGCAACAUCAUGGUCGUCAGUUCAGCAGUCCGAAGAGGGCCUUACUGGCAUCUAUUGGAAGCUUGCAAUUUCACUGAUGACUAUUCUCGUCAUAUCGAGGCAGUCUUCAGUGGUGUUUCCGAACGGAUGGGCUUAUCCAGGACCGCCGAACUCUUUGAGAUCUACAUAUCUCAAAUCGCGUACUCCAUCUAUAAGGGAGGUCACGACUUUCUACGAUUUUCCCCUCGUGUUUUAGGAUACCGUGAUCGGAGGGACUGUGCCGAGGCUGCUUUUCGUGCUUUCACCUCGGUAAACAUUCUUGCAGGUGACAAUGCUGAAGAAGUCACUCAGGGACAACACUUCUUUGUCAAUCAUUGCAAAGCAGUCUCCAAGUCUGUCACACAAGGUUUUCGAGAGUGCUUUGCGGAUCUCGUUGGUUACCAAUUGACUCGUUCAGUAGAAGCUCUCGUGGAGUCUGGGGCGAAUGCAUUUUCAAAUGCACUGGAACAUUCCCUCAUCGUGAAAUUCGCUCAUUGGGAUCCUGACAUGGUGCUAGACAAACAAAUGCAGAGAGACGUUGAUGGCAUCGUUGUCGCUAUCUUGCGAACUCUUGGCGACCAAGAUUGCAGUCCAGAUGGCAGUAUCGUCCAGGAGCUGCGACUACAUCAGUCAGAUCGUGCUGCUGAAAUCUUCCAACACUUGACCCAUCAUCGGAUUCACAAUGACACCUUUGCCCAUCGACCAAACCUGCCAGCUUUUGAAACCAAGAGCGUCCUUUUGACCUUGAAUUGGUUUGCAGCACGAAUACCUGAUGCUGUGUCAACCGCGACUUCGUAUCAUGUCCUACAUCAACUACUCGCAGCUAUUCAACAAUCGCCCUUGGUCAAUGAGCAACUACGUUGUCUUAACGCCUUGUGCCUGUGGAUAUCAUGCCACUAUCGGCACUUUCGAGAGCCCAUAAUCCUUCAUGCUCUCGUCAACGGCGCUUCUUCGUUGCUGACACAGAUUGAUCUUGCCCGUGCGGCUCAGUCCAUUCUACAGUGGGCUUUUGCGCAGUACUCAAAGAGUACGGAAAAGGAUUUACGUCUUUCAGAUGUUCUGAUCCGCAUAUGUUGUUUGGCGCACGACUAUUCCAUGAGUGUGGAUAUCAACGUUUCUCGCAUCGGCAACGAUUUACUUCAAUGGCUCGAGUAUCAAGUUGUAUAUCUCUCGACGAUGCCUCACAUCAAACCUCAGGUCAUCAAUGCUUUGACGGCCUGGCCACGAAAACUCACAGCAAACCUUGCCUUGCUCUACCAAGACGUCUCAUUAAGCAGCCUCUCAUCAAUCCUCGCCGAUCCCCGUAUCACGUCAAAUAAGUUCCGUAUAGUCAGGAGAUUUAGAGACUUAUCUAUCGCCAAGCAGUAUCCUUCAGCGCAGUUCUCUCGCAUAGACUUCUGGCGACUUAAAGACUGCAUCCCACCUUCCCCUGAACUUCAAGAUGAUGAUAUCGAUGCCUUUGCGAUCUUGCUUUUGGUGCAGAAGGGACAGGUUCACAGCUUUGGAACGAAUCUCCUCAGUGCUCAAGUGACGCAUCACCGACGACAAUGUAUCUCUCAGACAAAAGUAUCGAAGGAUUCUGCGCCAAUGGUGGAUCCCUCAGAUUCUGAGCGCUCCAUUCUAGAGGCGUUACUGUUGAUGCUUGACUCUGAUGACCCCGUCCGAGUCAAUUCUGCCUAUCGUGUUUUAAGGACUCUAGCGUCAACAGAAUUGCCAGAUCUCCAGCUCUGGUCCUCUGAAUAUAUCAACGAAAUGGCUUACUUUCGUAUCCGCCCUCUUCCCUCCCUAAAGAGACCUGCGGCCGUCAUCGACAGCCUGGAAUCGCCGUCUUUUGUUGAUAUAGCGAAAGAUUUUCGGACGUGGGUGUCCACAGUUGCUACCCUGAUCAGCGAUGUUCUCAGUGUUAGCAAUCCUUUCUAUUCACAACUCUCCGUCAUUCUACAAUCAGACACAUCAUUCGCAGGCCUGACUUUACCCAUCCUUACGCACACAAUGUUACGCGGCGAUCUGGCCAGUACGGCGACGACAGAUGGAAGGUCCUGUCGAACAAUUCUCUCCCGAUAUUUCGCGUCCGUCCUCUCUUCAACAGAUUCUGAUGUCCAGUCUCUUCGUGCCGUGGUGGACGUUGCUCUUCAUCUGCGACAAUGCCGUCCUGGACACUCUAGCGAUGCCCUUGCAUAUGACAAGUGGCUUGAUAUAGAUCUCAUCUUGCUCAGCAAAAGUGCGAUUGCCUGUGGAGCAUACACGACGGCUCUCCUCUUCCAUGAGCUAGCAGUCGAGUAUCAGGGCGAAAUUAUGGUCAACAAGGCCGACGAUGCCGAGAGGAUACUGUUCGAUAUAUACAGUCAUAUUGAGGAGCCGGACAGUUUCUACGGUAUCAAAGCGCGCGAUUUUCAUCAUUUCUUGAUGAAACGGCUUCAUCACGAAAAACAAUGGGAAAAGGCAUUUCAGUUCCAUGGCGCUGCUCUAGAGGCCAAUAGUCGAGAUCCGGGUGAAGCAGAAGGUGUUCUACAGUCACUUCAUUCGUUCGGCUUUGACAACUUAGCUCUCAGUGUUCAACAUCAUGCAUCCGAUACCAUGGGAGGAGUACAUGCAUCCGCUGCAAUGAGCUACCAUUUAGGUUGGCGUACAGAAACAUGGGACCUACCAGAAAAGAUAGGGACGGAUGACUCUGGUGCUGCAUUGUACCAAGCUCUCCGAGCUGUCUAUCGUGAACGUGAUACACGAUCCAUAGACACGACCGUGAGAGCCGCGCUUCUAAAAGAAAUGGAACGACUGCGCUUAAUGGCGGACGAAGACCUGGUUGGCAUUCACGAGGUGACGCAGAACAUCAUUUGUCUUCAUCAGGUCAAGCUUUGGGGCAGCAAUGAGAUACAGAAAUGCCUUCAAUCGAAGGACCUCAAAGCCAUACAAUGGGCAGACUUCAGCCAAAUUGACCCUGAAUUCGACUUUCCGGUGCUGGAGAGUAUUAUGGCUACGCGCAUCGCUCUCCUUCGAUCUGUGCGCCAAAAAGAGCAACGAACGCUAAUCGGGACGAUGCGUACCCCGUUCGUUUCUGAGCUGUAUGAUAUCGAGAAACAAUGUCUUCUCCGCAUCUCUGAGGCAGCUCGCGAGUCGCAAAACUUGCAAAUUGCGCUAAAUUCAGUCACUCGAGCGCAAAACCUGGAGUUGAAGGAGGCCAGCCCUGCUCUCUCGCAGGAACUUUCCCAUGUUCUUUGGCUAAAGAAGGAGCCAAAGUCUGCUGUCGGGUACAUGAAAGAACUCAUUAAACGCCACUUUCCAGCUGCAAAACUCCAAUCUUCGUCUCUCCGCCUCCAAAAAGCCCAGCUACUCGCCCGUCUCGGAGCUUGGUCGUCCGAAGCUUGUCUUCAAAAGCCAACGGAUAUCUGGUCUCAUUAUUUCGAUCCUGCUGCUACCUUGCUGAGCGACAUUGCUGCCCCAGACUCAACGCAUGCCACCGUCUAUCACGAAUGUGCAAUGUUUGCAGAUAGGCAAUACCAAGCGAUCGUGAAAUCUCCCGACGCCAUCCGGCUGAAGAUGUAUGUCGAUCGCAAGGAGAAAGAGAUCCACGAUCGCCACAAGCAAAUCAAACAGAUGUCUAAAUCCAGCCGUGAAUAUGGAGACUUAGCACGUGACCAAAAUAAGGCCGAGAAACAGCUACAAGAAGACGAGGCACGAUAUCACAAACAUACCGAAGCUCGAAACAUAUUCUUGCAACAGGCCAUCGAUAUGUAUUCUCGAUGUCUGGAAGCGUCCGAUGCUUUUGAUGACGAUGCACAUAUCCGUUUGACUUCUCUGUGGUUCGCCAACUUCGACGAUCUGCCUCUCCAAACCAAAGUUCGCGAGUCUGUGGGGCGUGUCCCAUCUCGGAAAUUUGUCUUCUUGGCUCACCAACUCUCUGCCCGGUUAUCUAAACCUUCCAAGGAAACAAUGCCAACAAGUCAAGAAACAUUGCAGGCCCUCGUCCUUCGCAUGUGCAGCGAUCAUCCUUUCCAUAGCGUGUAUCAGGUGUAUUGCUUGAUGCCCCAUCCGUCGAGCUCUGCACCCAGCAGACGACUUUCAGCCCGACAUGAUCAUUCCUUCUCACAAGGGGAGCGAGCAGCAGCGGCUACAGAUAUAUUUGACCGUCUUCGAAGCGAUUCUUCCUCCGGUACAAGGAUCAGUAGCAUAGAAGAAGUAUGCUAUGCUUCGAUCCAUUGGGCCAAAUUUCCCGUCAAAGAGAAAGGGAACAGCAACCAGAAGAAACCAGUCGGGCCCUUCCCCAUUCCAGAGACUGCUCCUAUCCGAAAAUUACAGAAUGUUCCUGUCCCUGUGCUGACAGCCCAUACUCCUCUCGAUCCAACUGCACGAUACCAAGAUUGCGUUUGGAUCAGUCAUUACGAAACAAUGUACGACACCGCCGGGGGCGUCAACUUACCCAAGAUUACUACCUGCUGUGGCAGUAAUGGGACUAGGUACAAACAAUUGGUAGAAGGGGAUGAUGAUCUACGGCAGGACGCUGUGAUGGAGCAGGUGUUCGAUCUCGUCAAUGUUGUUCUUCGCCGUGACAGAGAGACUCGAAAGCGCAAUCUCAACAUCAGGGCCUAUAAGGUCAUCCCGUUAGAGGUACAAGCCGGCAUCAUUGAAUUCGUGGGCAACACCUCCCCUCUCGUUAGCUGGCUCCUAAAAGCCCACCCAAAGUAUAACCCUACGGACAUCUCACGAGAAGAAUUCUACAAAAAAAUGUAUGAAUUGCGUGAGAAAUACAAAAGGGAUUCUACCGUCAAUUCCAGGCUGAUUGCGCUGUUCGCCGAGCUGAAGCUCCGCUUCAGACCGGUGAUGCGGCACUACUUCACGGAAAAGCACAAGCUCCCAAUGUCUUGGUUUGCCAUGCGGUUGAACUACACGCGAAGUGUUGCGACGACCUCCAUCGUGGGCCAUAUUCUCGGGCUUGGUGAUCGGCAUACGUCAAAUAUUCUCAUGGACAAUGCCACCGGUGAAGUUGUCCCGAUAGAUCUCGGGAUAGCCUUUGAGCAAGGCAAACUCCUCCCAAUACCUGAAUUAGUACCCUUUCGAAUGACCCCGGAUAUGGUUGAUGGCAUGGGAACUUCGGGAACUCAAGGCGUGUUCCAGCGCUGCGCAGAAGAGACGUUGCGUGUUCUACGGGAAGGGUCGGAGGUCAUCCUCACGGUCCUAGAAGUGUUCAAAUACGACCCGCUUCACUCGUGGACGGCGACCGAAAUGAAAUUGAAGCGCGUCCAGGGCGGCACCACCGGCACAGCGCAGCAACAACCCACCCACGACCAGACACAUCUGGGAAUCGGCAUCGACAUGAGCAGCGGUGGCGUCGACGAGGCGGCGGACCGUGCGCUGACAUCCGUCGCGCGCAAGCUGGACAAGUCGCUCAGCGUCGAGUACACUGUCAAUGAGUUGCUGGCAGAGGCGACAGAUCCCGCCAACUUGGCGUGCAUGUUCAUCGGUAUGUCUGCAUGA